ACAGAAAACACGGAAGUAGUACGAAAGAGACCACAAAGGCACCGGUUGCCAUGCCAACAGAACACAAGUCCUUCUAGAAUCUUCAAGAUAGAAUUAAGGGGUGAGCUGGUGUGGCUCUGGACAGCAGAAAUAAAAAUGUCUUCACUGCAUCCCUCUUACGGAGCAGACAGGGCUUUGGUUUCAGAGGCUGAUGUUGCUGCCAAAUUACAAAAAGCAGAAAUGAGGAGGAGGAGGGCACAGCAGAGCCCAUAUAAAGUGCCAAACAACAAGACCGUUUUUGCACUGAGUGCAGAGGAAGCGGCAAACCGUAGAGAGGAGAUGCGAAAAUUUCUGGCGCUGCCAAUUGAAGAAAAGGCAACCCACGCUGCAAGAGCGCUGGCCAAGCUGAAGAAUGAGCUGGUGGGAGAACUGGAGGAGGGGGAGGAGGAAAACGAGAAGAAGAAAAGUCUGAAGCAAAUCAGGAGUAAAGCAGCUUUCCCUAAACAAACGCGGAGCACACACGAGCUGAAAAUCACCACGGCGAAAGGAGAGAAACUCACAAAAGAAAGCAGACAUGAAUUACUCCUCAUGGAACGGCAACAAGCAGUCUUGGAGUUGUCUCAGAUGACUAAACGUUCUGAGAUCCUGAAGAUGGAGAAGGCUGUUGCAAAAGAAGAAAGAAAGCUGAAGCAACUUGAGAAGCUCAUCGAAAGGGACAACCAAAAGUUUGAAGAGUUCCUCAGGGAGAAUGAGAGGAAGUCAGUGGAAGCCAGAGCUCUUUUUGAACGGGAGGAAAAAUCAAAACAGGAGAAGAAUGCCGCGAUCAAGAAGCUGACCGCUGAGAUGAGGACCAUUCAAAGUGAACUUGAGAAGUAUGAAGACGCUCUGACAGACUACCUGAAGUACAAGGACUUCCUGUUCAGACUUUCUCCUCCAGAGUGGCAGGAUGAGAAGAAGAGCAAAGACUCAAAGGUUAAAUCGUCGUCCGAACAGAAUGACGGACAGGAAGUGGAACCUUCUGAGACGGGUUUGGAGAGGAAGCUUCCCCCUGUCAGAGUGACCAGAGAGAAAACAUGUUCACCGGAUUCUGACAGUUUAGAGGAUAAGCCAGAGCUUUAUUUCACCGAUCCCCAGCAGCUACUGGACCUGAUGUCAGAGCUGACGGAGCAGAACCUGUCCCUGAUUCAGAACUCUGCGAGGGCAGGGGAGGCGCUGGAGAAACUCCGGCAGACCGUGGACACGACCAGGAGGAAGAUUGAAAACGAGGAGGAGAAGAUAGCCCUGCAGAUUAAAGAGCUGAACCAGAAACUCGACAAAGAGAAGGCGAGAGGCGCGAAGCUCGAACAGAUGGUCCAGCUUCAUGUUUCACUGAGCUCACAGGACCAAGACGAAAUGUUGCAUGCCCUCGAUGAAAAGGUGACAGAGGUUUACAGCGCCUGUGUGGAAAACAGGAUCACCGACCUCAGCACCUUGCAGAAGGUGGCAAAAAUCGAGAGUCGCGUUUUCUCGCUGCUGCAGAGCCUGGAAGGCAUGCCAGUAGAGAGACUGGCGGUGGUUAAGAAGGUCAAGGACAGCGAGAAGAGGAGCAGGAUGCGUGAGGAAAAGCUGAUGGAGCAGAGAGAGAAACAAAAGGAACGGAUGAGGAGGUAUCUGGAGAGAUCCUUGGCUGACUCCAAGAAAAUUAGUGGGAAGAAGCUCAUGCCUAGAUGCAUGCCUGCUGUGAAGAAAGUCGAGGUCGCCGAUGUGGACAACAAGCCCGCUGAGGACGACAUCAACGAUUACCUCUUUGGCUUGGAUGACACGGAGUGACAAAAGCAACAGGAAGUGAUGCGGAGGAAUUAUUUUUACAGCACCUGAGAAAGAAUGUAUUUUUUUUUUUCUUUUUUUUUAAGAAAGUGAUACUGACUGUUGGAUUCUUUUAAUGUUUUAUAUCUUACAAAUCUAUCCUUUAAUGUUAGGAUUUUACUUUUGGUGCCAAACAUUAAGGCUUUGUUAGAAAGCAAAAGGUUUAGAAAUCAUGCUGCAUAUUAUUAGCACUGAGUGUUUAUUUAAUGCAACACCUCUCUGCAAAUUUGUAAGAAAUGCUUCUUUUAAUUUUACCAAACAUUUUACUGUGCUAUCACAAACCAACAGGUCCAGAACAAUACACACCAACCAUCUGUCAUACAAGCAAACACACACAACUAUCCUAAUUAAACCUAUUACAUUAAACGAUGCAUACUGGCUUUUUUUAAUAGUCCAAAAUAGAACUAUCCAUCCAUUUUUUUUACACCUUUGCCACUAAUGGUGUUGGGAGGGUUGCUGACUGUCUCAGUUUGUGUUGCAUCCAGUGUCUCACAGGUUGGUUCUUUCUUGAGGACCCAAGGUAUGAAUUCUGGCUCAAUUUUUCUACUUCCUGGCCCCAAAUUGUAUGUCCAGUUCCCAUAUGUAAUGACAUAGUUUUCAAAGUAAUCAUCUUCCCAUCCUGGAGUCUUUCACAGGCUUACGCUUAGAUGAGCGUUUCUUCUGCCUUAGUGAGGACCGGUCAACCACUGGAAAUGAUUCACUGGUCACCAGAAAUCAUAAUUUCAAAUACCUUUAAACUUUGAAUCCUCAGAUAAGUUGAAAGGAAGGCGUCAUGAAUGUAGAGCAGGAGCAUGAAAAGAAGGACAUUUAAACUGUUCCUUUUGUUAUACAAAAAGCGGUAAAAUUAUAUUUUUAGUAAACAAAUUAAAUGAAUUGCUAAAAAAGGGCAAAGAAUAUCAGAAAUGCAUUGAAGCAUUGCUGCAAGUUCAUAUCCCUAGCUCCAACAUCAGCGAUAUUUUUUUACCUGCGGUCAAGACCAUUAAUCUGUGGUCCCAAAUUUUCCUUUAAAUUAAAGUUUGCAUUUCAUUUAAAAGUCAAAGUCCCAGAGACUGGAGCAAGAGAAGAGAGGUGCAGAAUCCAUGCUGCUUGAAGUAUGUAUGGAGUUCACACAAUCAGUGAUGAUUUGGGCUGCUAUUUUU